CGUUGCCACGGCCGAGGCGCGUCCUGCCCGCGUUGCCACGGCACCCAGCGCCGCGCCGAAACGUGCCCGGCCUACGCUACCAUCGCGGCUAUAAAGGCGCCGCGAACGGGGUGUGAGGUACCAGCCGUUCUCCUUCCUCUCUCUCGCGCAGCAUCCGCAGAGGACUCCCGGAGGGGCCUGACGGGACGGAGGACUCGGAGCAGUCCAUCUUAUCCUAACCCCGAGAGUGAGCUGAUAGCCGGCCAUGGCCGACGGCUUGAGGAAGCUGGUCACCGCGGAGAGCGGCCGGGUGCUUCAGGAAAAGCUGGAAAGCUGGUACCGGGACUACGAGGAGGGCAUUACGCGGGUGUCGAAACAAUAAAAACUCGCCUCCUGCCAUGGCUAGGGACUUGUUUUUCCUGUGCUGCUUCAGGAAAGCUCUUUGAAACCAACCUCUCUCUCACUCAGGAUUCAGUUGAGAGAGAGAAGCAGCUGAUGGAGCUGGCCAGCAAUCAGACUUCUCAACUACAAGAGCUGCAGAAAGAGCUGACUUCAACUCGCCUACAGCUCAACCAAGUGCAACAAGAUCUGAAGACUUCCCGUGCCCAAGAGAAGGAUGCCCUGAGGAAAUUAGAUCGCCUGAAUGACUAUGAGCAGCAGAUUCAAACACUACGGGAUGAAAUUUCUUUCUUGGAUGCCCAAAAGUCUGUUCUCCAGAGCAGGCUUGCCCGAGGCCGCUCCCCGUCCCCGAGACGCAGUGCGAACCGGUCUCCCAGCCGGCUCCGUGGGAGGAGCUGCUCGCCCAGCCUGGCCCGGGCCACCAACGCCUCACGGCGUGCACGCCUUGUGGCUCGCUUCAGUGACAUCUAUGCUCAAGAACGCUUGGAUGCAGAGACCCUUUUGAGGUCGUACACCAGUGACGUGGAGGUGGUGCAGAGGAUAAUAUACAUCGCAGCUGUGGAGUCUUUUCAUGCAGCAAAGGGGGCCUACAGGCAGUUCAAGAUGCGUGUAAGAGAGAUUCUGUCUCUAGGGCACUCGGGGCCUGAGUCCCUUGAAGACACUGUCCUGGAUUACAUAGUUCGCCAUGAGGAUCUGUAUGACAUUCAGAGCAGUGUCAAUGAAGUAAUUCGCUCCAUGAACAUCAACCCAAAGAUUUCGUUUUCACCAGAAAUUAAUUUCAUUGUGAUCAGCAAUUUGAUUCGAGAAUUGUGCCGUGUGGCUUUUUCAAUGCAGACACUUGUUCCUCCUCUUGAUAUUGCCUUUGGUACUGAUGGAGAACUUUUCAGUGACACCAAGUACCAUCGCAGCAUUGGCUCUGAUUUCACAGCUGCCUUGGUGGCCUACCAUGUGUGGCCUGCUCUGAUGGAAAAUGAUGUCGUACUUGUGAAGGGGGAGGCAGUCACAAAAAGAGGAGCUCUGUGGUCUGGCAGAAGCAGAAGUAGAAGUAGAAGCAGAAGCCUCAGCCGUAGCACCAGUCCUCUUCUAUGUCAUCGUUUGUGUCGAAGUCACAGUCCUUCCCCACUGAGGAGCAGAAGCCCGAGGCGUUAACUGAACGUGUUCCUGUGAUUCAGUACAUCCCGAUCCAACAACUCCACUCGUGCCUUUUCUCUUCAAGAAUACCUCAAGUCUCGCAAUAACAUGAAUGGCCAUUGGCACUACAAAUGGAGUUUGUGUUCAGUGUGUAAUUGUAAUUUCAAAAACCAAUUCAACCCUUCUGAUCAAAAAAAAAAAAGUAAAAGUGCAUGCAAUGCAGGGCCAUGCUCAUUUGGCAAAAAUUUCAGAGGAACCCAUGCUGUAACCUGCAGGUGGAGACACAAUUAUUGCAUCUGGAAUGUUUUCCACAGAAACCAGAUGAUGUGAUUUGCCUUGAUAGGUUGUUUAGUACAGCCUAAAUGGUGAAUAUUGCAGAAUGCUUAGCUGUUACUUGAAAACCAUGUCAUUUAAUUGGUGCUUAUUUACAGUUUUGGAAAAUAGCAAUAAUCUUAGGAUGUGCCAGUCUCACACAGCACCCUUUUAAAUAUAUCCUUGCAGUUAACUGAUUUUUCUAACUGCAAUGCCGAAGUUGCACAAAGCAGUCAUAGAU